UAUAAGAUCAGUUUAUUGAAACACCUGUAAAGGACAUAAAGCAGCCAUGAACAGAAUGGUCGUAAUCUUCCUGCUAAUGCCUGUGACCUGGACACAGAGAGGAGCAGCAGCUGAGAAACAUAAUCCCUUACACCAGAGACUGAGGAGGAGGCUGAAUCAGCAGUUCAAGAGAUUUCAACAGAUGACCUUCACUCAUCUUCAGAGCAUUGCUGAAAAGCACAACAUUUCAAAUAACACAGACUCACGAUUCCAAGUUUUGAGUCUGGAGUUUAAGAGGAUCUCCAGAGAGCUCCGCGCAUUUAAGGCAAUGACAGAGCACAGCCUGAAUUCCCUCAAAUCCUGGACUAAGAGUUAUGAAUUUUGUGACUGGAGAUCCAGCGUAUCGUGAAUUAUCUUUACAAAAUGUCCUGGAUGGCCACUGGCACCAUUUAUGCAUCAUCUGCAUGGUCCUCCAUUGAAGGCAGGUUUUGGUUCUAUUUGGACCGUCAUCUAAUAUCUACUGGAUCCAAAUUUCCAGAAAGGCUACGAGAUCCCUCAUGGGGGCUCUGUGAUCCUGGGACAGGAGCAGGAUUUGAUUGGAGGAGAUUUUGAUGAAGCUGAAGCAUUUGUGGAGCCUGAACCCUGGGUAAAUGUCUGGACUAGCCUCUGGAAAAAGGGUGCCAUGAGGAGCAGAGCUCAGCCUGGAUGAUAUAGACCAGAUGUUUGGCUCUGUUCAACAUUACCUGUGAGUGUCUGGAGCACUGCAUGUAAAGGCACAACAGAUGAGCCAGAAAAACACUUCUGUAUCACACAUUAUUUUUGUAGUUCCAUUUAUUUUGAUAUAUUCAGUGAUCAUGUUUGAUAUAGUUGGUCUUAUUAAACUUUUUACUUUAA